UGGCUCAGCUGUCAAACUCUUUCCGGGUUUGCGCACUCCACCUCCACGUGAGUGAUAUUUUAUUCGAGCCAAAUGUCAACACACUAUACAAUUAUGAAUGGAGACGAGGACGAGGACUACAGAGCGUUUGUGGCCCUACAUGCCGGAGCCCUGCAGUCCUCAGGAAUACCCCUCAUCUACUGGAGGAGCCUCCAUCACAAAAUCACCAACGAGAUUUAUGAUGCUGGGGAAGUUUUCGGAAUCAUGCAGUUCCAACAAGAAGAAGAAGAAGAAGACUAUGAUAAGGAGGAGGACAAUGGAGAGAAUGAGAAGAAGAAAGGAGACAAUCCUGGAGCAGUGAUUAGCUGUAAAGUGGUUGUGACCCAGGAGGGUGGGCUGCAAGCCUAUGAAGCGACCAGUGUUUUCCUAGUGGAUCAUGCCUGGACGUAUCGUGUCGACCACACCCGUCAGCAGUUGGAGCAGAUCCCCGGCCUGCUGCCCAGAAUGGCCUCCCUCAUGGGGGUGGACUUCCACGGCGAGGCCCCUGACCCGGACACGGUGGAGCUAGUGAUGGAGCGCAUGUGGAAGUACAACCAGACUUAUAACCUCUCCCAGGGGACUCCAGAGGACAAAGUUCCGGUGUGGUACAUCAUGGAUGAGUUUGGCUCCCAGGUGCAGCACUCGGACACGCCCAGCUGCCGCAUGGCCCCCUUCUUGUACAUACAGGGCGAGCUGACCUACUCUGUGCUUUGGCCUCUGCAGGAUCUGCAGGAAGGAGAGGAAGUAACCCGUGACUAUACGUAUGGGGAAACAGACCCCUUGGUGAGGCAAUGCCGUCUGUUACCAUGGAAGCCUGCUGAUCUAGAAGGGGUCAGCAGUGUCACCACUGAGCCCCCGGACUCGCACUACGAGACCAUUGCGUUGGAGAACAAGGAGCAGCUUCCUGUGGAAAUCCAUCCCUACACUGUGCCCGAGGACAAAGUUCUCAAGGUUUACUCCGAAUUGUCCCAAGUAACAAACAACCUGACGCAUCCACGGUUCCAGCUGACUGAGGAAGAGGAGGAGGCUGAUAUCAUUUGGAGCUAUAAUCACAUCAAAGACUACAGGAAGCUGAGCGAGGAACGACCUUGUGUAAUGCUUAACCAGUUUCCCUGUGAGAGCCUCGUCACUGUGAAGGACUGCAUGGCUGCCGUGUCCCGCAGAGUAAAAGGCGGCCCACAACCUGAUUGGCUACCAGAGACCUUCAACCUCCACUUGGAGCUUCCGCAGUUCAUCAAGCGUUACCAAAUGAGAGACGAGAGGGGAGAGGAUAAUCACUGGAUCUGUAAACCCUGGAAUUUAGCCCGUGGACUGGACACGCACAUCACCAACAACCUGGACUACAUAAUCAGACAAAGAGAGAGUACACCAAAGGUGGUGUGCAAGUACCUUGAAGAUCCAGUGCUGUUCAACAGAGAGGAAGUGGGAAUGGUGAAGUUUGACAUUCGCUACAUGUUGAUGUUGCGCUCUGUGCAGCCUCUGCGUCUCUAUGCCUACGACGUCUUCUGGUUGCGCUUUGCUAAUAGACCUUUCUCCUUGGACCGUUUUGAUGACUAUCAAAAGCACUUCACCGUUAUGAACUACGCAGAUGAAGUGGAGCUUAAGCAGGUGAACUACGAUGAGUUCAUCCCAAUGUUUGAGAAGCAGUAUCCACUGCAUCUAUGGAAGGAGGUGGAAGCGGAGGCGUUUAAAGCGUUCAGGGAGUUUUUCGAGGCAGCCUCGUCUCGACCGGCUCCGUGUGGUAUUUGUCCCUACCCGUCGUCCCGGGCCAUCUAUGCCGUAGACCUCAUGCUGAAGUGGAGUACGGGGCAAAAUGGUGAGCGAGUCAUGCAGCCUCAGAUCCUUGAGUUUAACUUCAGCCCAGACUGUGCCCGAGCCUGCCUCUACCACCCGUCCUUCUACAACCACAUGUUCCAGACUCUGUUCCUGGAUCAGCCCGAGAACUGCCCUGUCACACAAAUCGUAUGAUAAACUUAGUUUUUUUUAUACAGGUCAGAUUCACCGUACUUUUAUUUUACAACCAUCCUCUGUAACUGGUUUGUAAUCUACUUUCCAAUUAAUAUUAGGAGCUUGUGAAACAUAUUUGCUUCUGUAGCUCAGUUCCUCAUUUGCCUUUUUUUUUACAUCAAUAAAAGAGUUACAAGGUUUUCCUCAAACUGGUUGGUGUUUAAAAAAUACAUUGUUUUAAACAUUACUGUACAAAUAAAGAGCAAUAAAAACAUUUUUUUGAUGAA